AUGGUUGUCGUUUUCAGCAAAGAGAAACCACAGCACUGCGGAAACUGCAACGAGCGAUUGGAGUCCAUUUGCUUCCGAUGUUUAGAGUGCGGAGAAAUUGUCUCAUGUCCAAAAUGCAAUCCAAGAGGUUGUCGUGAAGAUGAGGAUCCACCUUCAAGGCCGUGGGAUCAUCUACCUUGUUCAAGGGGCAGUUUCGCUAACCGAGGAAGAAGCUGUGAGGCAUUACAUGUUUCUUUUCCGAGAGGUGGUUUUUCUUUUCGAGGUUUCAUGGCUCGACCAAAUUUACCCCCUACAGGUCCAUUUCCUGGGGGAAAUCGAGGCUUUGAAUUCGGUCCUCGGUCCUCGAGGAUUCGGUCCUCGAGGAUUCGGUCCUCGAGGAUUCGGCGGGUUUCGUGCUUGUUUUCUUGUUAGUUGCCCGUUUCCACCGUCGUUUCGACCUGUCUCAGAACAAGGAGGUGUUGAUGAUUUCCCAGAAAUGCAUGACUGUAGUUUCGGUCCCUUCCCUGUUCGGGGCCACCCGCGUUUCCCUCGAGGGUUCCAGGGAAGGGGAGGAGUUUGUGGGCGUGGCGGGUUCUCACGAGGUCGAGGGGGUAUGAGGCCAUCUUUGAAAUGUAAUGAGUGUGAGUGCAAUCACAUGAGCAUUUUUCCUGAAAUAGUGAAGGAAAAUGAUGUGAGUGUUGUUGAUGGGGCU